AUGGCUACCAAAGGCAAUGUAAGUAUCAAGAUUGAGGAUAAUGAUGAUGUUGAAGUGGGAGGUGUAGCUGAUUCCCUGUGGUCGAAGAAAAAUGAAGCUUUUUUUAUUGACAUUAUGGAGGAGGAGGUGAAAACAAUGGGUAGUCGAGAUAUUUGGACUUUUCAGAUAAAAAGUUGGGCUAGGAUGAGGAAGAGUCUUUCUGCUAAAGCUAAAUACGAAUACUUUGAACUUCAAAUAAAAAACAAGUUCAACCAACUACGCACUAUGCACACCAAAUUUAAGAGCCUUUGUGACCAAAGUGGCGUUGGGUGGUGUGCGGAAAAAGGUACUGUUACUGCUGAUGAUACCCUCUGGGAGAAGCUUUAUAAGGUUAAUAAGAAGGCCAAGCAUUUCAGGAAAAAAGGUUUCCCACACUAUGCAGCGAUGACCCAAAUACUUGGAGAUACCACUGCAACAGGAUUCAAUGCUCACCCGUCAGUCCAAUCCCCGUCUGGAACAGAUAGUUCUGAUCCCUCAUUCCAACUUAAACAGGACAAAGAUGAUGGUGAAAUAGAAGUAACUAACAUAGUGUAUUUCGUAUUUCCAUGGCCUGAUAUUGAGUGA